AUGUCGGCCAUCGCACCUAUCACGGGAACGCUCAAGAAGAGAAUCAUCGCAGACAUCACAAUCGGGUUCGCCAUCGGAGGCGUGAUGGGAGGCUACUGGUGGUGGGGAUUCCACAAGAACGUCAUCAACAAGCGUGAGGCGUUCUACGCGCAGCUGGCCGCCGAGAAGCAGGCCGAGAACUGA